UUUAUAGCUGUUAUAAUGUAAUGACAAUGAUUCGUGUACGUUCCACAACAUUAAACGUGACCAACAACAGGUUAAAAAGUAUGAAGUGUCGCAAUAUGCAAAAUAUUUGUUUAUGUUGGUAAAUUGCUGUAAUAUAAUAGGAAUUAAACACUCAGGGACAUGCUGUGUUUAUAUAAUACAUAUAAAUCUCAAUUCGCAGUAUUAAACUACAGUACAGUGCUGCUGAAUUAAAGGCGAUAUUUCUCAUAGCGGUUAACUGAAUAUCCAUUCAUUAACUGUACUGAAUAUUCGAAUAUUAAAAUUAGGCAGAAGGCCGAUCUGAUGUGGAAAUCGCUUUGGAAAUAAGGUUACACAAAUCGAAAUAAACCUUUGAAAUGUACUAGUGGAUUUGAAAGACCUAUUCAUCCGACUUGUCAAAGAUUAAUUCAAGAAGAGUCAGUAAUUUGAAUACUGCUAGCAGGAACAGUAAUGCACCAAAAUGAAUAGACUAAUAGCCCCAAAAAGAUGACAAAAUAACUGCAAUUUCUUCAUUUAAAGAUGCAUUAGGUAAAAUAGCCCAAAGCCACUUUAAAUGCAGAGUUUUUAAGCAUGUUUUGUAAAUUGUCGUGGAACACCUGUACACCUGCAUGUUGACGCAAACAUGUGACAGCAGCACAAGGCAAAAUAAAAAUCAUGCAGAUACAGGUCAAGAGCUGCAGUUAACGUUCAUAAUAAACAUCAGAAUGAAGAAAAUGUUAUUUUGAUUGUGGUUAUUUUGGAUGUUGGUGCCAGGAGUUGAGUGAGUGACAGGAAUCUGAGGCUAUCAUGGGCGCAGGCUCGCCCAAACUGUAUUUCAGUGUCUGAAAUACUCAAACCAGCCCUUCUGGUGCCAACAACCAUGCCAUGGUUAAAGUCACUGAGAUCACAUCUGAUGACUGAAGCUCUUAACCUGUAUGUGCACGACUGCGUGCAUUGUGCUGCUGCCACGUGAUUGGCGGAUUAGAUAACUGCAUACAUGUGCAGGUGUUCCUAAUAAAGUGGACAGUGAGUGUAUAUCUCUGACAUUUUUUAAAAUGUAUUUUGUGGAGGAUUCUUUCCAUUCUUUAAAAAAUGGAUUUAAUAGCGCUAUUUAUAUAGCACAUUUAGGUAUACUCUCUAACAAACUCCGAGGCCCUACCUGGAACAGCUACCUGCAUGAGUGCAUGAAAGGUUUUACAUUAUAGCUGACACCUAGUCGAACACUUUACAGUUGGUUGUGUGACUGUAAGUCAUUCCCUUCAAAUGCUAUUGAGCUUUACAUUAUGGUAUAUUUUGUGUAUGGGCCCAUUCUGUAGUGAAAUACAUAUCAAUGUUUAUAUAUGAUUUUAAUAGUUUAUUUUAAUAGAUAUCAGAAAUCUAAAAGGUUUGCGUUAUAGCUGACACCUACAUGAACACUUUACAGUUGGUUAUAUGACUGUAAGUCAUUCCCUUCAAAUGCUAUUGAAGUUAGAAUCGUGUAUAACAAUGUCGUAUGUAACUUUAGAGACGGUCCCUUAAUUCCCGCAUAUCUGCGAAUACCGAACGUGCAACGUCACACCAACUUUAUUCCAGUAGGUCCACAUGCGUGUGAAAAGGGUGUACGAUAAGAAUGUAAGGUUUACUAUUGUGUAUAUUGAAACGCUGGGGCUUUUCGAGCAUCAUCACUACGAAUUAGCCACACGGUAGGUUCGGGUCCGCGGUUUGGGACGCGGCCUUUCUUGUCGAUGACAUCAUCACGAUCAUCCCCUAAGCUGUCGGCUGGUGAGGAGAAGCACACUAGUGCACAAGGAGUGGGAGGGGGCAGAAUACACACACACACACACACACUCUCUCUCUCUCACACACACACAGAGUGUACUGAGUGUGUGCGAGGCUGACUGCGGCUGGUAAAUAUGGCAGUCGGCAGGUUUCUGUAGAGAGAGAGUAAGCUGCUAGCUGCAGGCGGUGUAAUGGAGGACGAAUCCGCGGACCCUUAUUUACCCUACGACGGCGGAGGGGACACGAUUCCACUGCAGGAGAUCCGCAUGAGAGGCUCCAACUACAACAUGUCUAACGGUGGGGGUGGAGCCGGAGGGGUGAGUAGCUCCACCCACCUCCUGGAUCUGUUGGAAGAGCCGAUUCCCGGAGUGGGCACCUACGACGACUUCCACACCAUCGACUGGGUCAGAGAGAAGUGUAAAGACCGCGAGCGACACCGCAAGAUUAACAGUAGGAAGAAGGAGUCAGCAUGGGAGUUCACAAAGAGCCUGUAUGACGCCUGGUCUGGGUGGCUGGUGGUGACAUUAACAGGGCUGGCUUCAGGUGCCUUGGCGGGUUUGAUAGACAUUGCUGCUGACUGGAUGAAUGACCUGAAGGAGGGGGUGUGUCUGAGUGCCCUGUGGUUUAACCACGAGCAGUGCUGCUGGGGCUCGAACGAGACCACGUUCGCCGAGAGAGACAAGUGUCCACAGUGGAACACGUGGGCCGAGCUCAUCCUGGGCCAGGCCGAGGGUCCUGGCUCCUACAUUAUGAACUACUUCAUGUACACGUACUGGGCUCUGACAUUUGCCUUCCUGGCGGUUAUUCUGGUCAAGGUGUUUGCCCCGUACGCCUGUGGCUCUGGGAUCCCUGAGAUUAAGACCAUACUGAGCGGGUUUAUAAUCCGGGGCUACCUGGGCAAAUGGACACUGAUGAUAAAGACCAUUACUCUGGUGUUGGCCGUGGCAUCAGGACUCAGUCUUGGGAAAGAAGGCCCGCUGGUACACGUGGCCUGCUGCUGCGGCAACAUCUUCUCAUACCUCUUCCCCAAGUACAGCAAGAACGAGGCCAAGAAGCGAGAGGUGCUGUCUGCAGCAUCGGCUGCGGGUGUGUCCGUGGCGUUUGGAGCUCCUAUAGGAGGAGUUCUCUUCAGUCUCGAGGAGGUGAGUUAUUAUUUCCCGCUGAAGACGCUGUGGCGGUCCUUUUUCGCCGCCCUGGUGGCGGCGUUCGUGCUUCGCUCCAUUAACCCGUUCGGAAACAGCCGCCUGGUGCUGUUCUACGUGGAGUACCACACGCCCUGGUACCUGUUCGAGCUCUUCCCCUUCAUCCUGCUCGGCGUCUUCGGCGGUCUGUGGGGUGCCUUCUUCAUCCGAGCCAACAUCGCCUGGUGCCGCCGGCGCAAGUCCACACGCUUCGGUAAGUACCCAGUCCUGGAGGUCAUCACGGUGGCAGUCAUCACAGCCAUCGUGGCUUUUCCCAACCCGUACACGCGGCAGAACACGAGUCAGCUGAUCAAGGAGCUGUUCACGGACUGCGGGCCGCUGGAGUCGUCGCAGCUGUGCCAGUAUCGCAGCCAGAUGAACGGGAGCCAGGCGUAUCCGGAGGGCGCGGAGGCCGCCACCACACCCGGGGUUUACUCCGCCAUGUGGCAGCUCAGCCUGGCGCUCAUCUUUAAGAUCAUCAUGACCAUCUUCACCUUUGGUUUGAAGGUUCCCUCUGGGUUGUUCAUUCCCAGCAUGGCGAUCGGGGCGAUAGCGGGUCGUAUUGUGGGCAUUGCCGUGGAGCAGCUCGCUUACCACCACCACGACUGGUUCCUCUUUAAGGAGUGGUGUGAGGUGGGGGCAGAUUGCAUCACUCCGGGUCUCUACGCCAUGGUAGGAGCUGCGGCUUGCUUGGGUGGCGUGACACGGAUGACCGUGUCUCUGGUGGUCAUUGUGUUCGAGCUGACUGGCGGGUUAGAGUACAUCGUGCCCCUCAUGGCUGCAGUGAUGACCAGUAAGUGGGUGGGAGAUGCAUUCGGGCGCGAGGGCAUCUACGAAGCCCACAUCCGCCUCAAUGGCUACCCGUUCCUGGAUGCGAAAGAGGAAUUCACGCACACCACGACGGCACGCGAGGUGAUGCGGCCGCGACGUAACGAGCCGCCGUUAGCCGUGCUAACUCAGGACGACCUGACGCUGGGAGAACUGCAGACCGUCAUCAGUGACACGAGCUUCAACGGCUUCCCCGUCAUCGUCUCCAAAGAGUCCCAGAGACUGGUGGGGUUCGCCCUGCGCAGGGACAUCACUAUAGCUAUAGAGAACGCACGGAGGAAGCAGGAAGGCAUCGUGCUAAACUCACGUGUGUAUUUCACGCAGCAUGCCCCAACGCUUCCUGCAGACAGCCCACGUCCUCUGAAGCUGCGCAGCAUCCUGGACAUGAGUCCCUUCACCGUCACAGACCACACGCCCAUGGAGAUCGUCGUGGACAUUUUCCGCAAGCUUGGCCUGCGCCAGUGCCUCGUCACGCACAACGGGAUUGUAUUGGGCAUCAUCACUAAGAAGAAUAUUUUAGAGCAUCUGGAGGAGCUCAAGCAGCACACGGAGCCGCUGGCGUCUCCUUGGUAUUAUCACAAAAAAAGAUAUCCUCCGUCACAUGGCCCAGAUGGCAAACCAGGAUCCCGAGUCCAUAAUGUUCAACUAGUGCCCUCCUACACCAGACGCGAGGGAGAGGAGAGCGAAGAGGAGGUCCGAUUACUGGACAAUAUGUCCCACUGACCCGUUUGUGUCCAGCGCCCCCCCCCCCUUCCCCCUUCCCGCAUGGCUCCGAUCUGGGGACCGGCUGCACUGGUGGAAUCUUCCGGAUCUCCAUCCAGGCCUUCAGGAAGAACAAGAACAAGGAGACGGACUUCCUUGGGAAAAGGCUUGAAAGAUGAUCCAGAGCUUCAGCCAUUGAUGAAAAUGCACUAACGCUAACGUUCUCGCGCAUGGGCGUGCACUGAUCCGGCUCGGGCACCUUCGCUCGGUCUCACCUUGUUAGACCUCAGUGGGGUGAAAGGUCAUGAUGAGCCGCACGAGUGCGAGGAGGGACCUCGACGAUGAAACGUUGAUCACGUACCGCUGUGACUCCUGCCACCUGAACCGCCCUGCUGCGUUCCCACUAAAGACUCCGCAAUCGUUGUUUACCUGUAACACAUGAGCUUGAGAGAGCGUGCGUGUGUGUGUGUGUGUGUGUGUGUGUGUGUGUGUGUGUAAGUGGGUAUGUGUUCGAAUGUGUGUUUAGUGAGAGAG